UCUUACAAGAACGCCAACAAAACACCCGCAAUACGCGCCAAAAUUUCUUCUUCGGGGACUACAAAAUCACGAAAAAAUCACUAUUUCCUUCUCCUUUCUUUAGUUAACUGUGCAGAAAUUACAACAGAAGUGUGAAAAUAAACACACAAGGUGAAGAAACCAAGCCAGAAGUAGAUCAAUCAAGAAAUAAACGAUGGAGAUGGACAUAGAGGAGAUGUUUGGCAUCCGUCCAGCUGAGAGCGAAAGGGGCUCGGCAUCGGAAGCUGAGGAGGAUGAGGAUGACGACACAGGAGAAAACAACCCAAUGGAUGAAGCUAUCGAAGUGCCGGAACCAGGUCAACAGGCGAAAGCAGAACCCGUCAAACCAAAGAGAGUUGUAAAAAACCCACAACCGAAACUGGAUGUGCAUCGCCUGGGAGGUCCUCGUGGUAUCCCAGUCCUCCAGAAGUCCUUCAAGGACGUGAAGUGGAAGGGCAAGGGGCAUGAGAAGGAGGAUUUGGAUGUCCUCCUCAAACGACUGGAACACUGGGCUCAUCGCCUCUUCCCCAAAUUGCCCUUUAAUGAUGUCUUGGAACAGAUUGAGAAGCAGGGCUUCAAGAAGCCAGUUCAGGUCCUCAUCAAGAAGCUGAGACUGGAUAUGUUCACCGAAAGUGAAUUAAAUGGUGCUAACCCUGAUGAGGACAAUGUGCGGAGAGGGAUUCAUGAUGAGGAACCUGUGAUCGAAGAGCCCCCUGUUGACAUUUUUGAUGAGCUCUUGGGUCAGAAUGGAUUUCCAGCAUCUCAGCCAACUACUGCACCUGCUUUCACCUCUCUUCCUUCAGCACCAGCAGAGAGUUCUUCUACACUAACAGAGGAGCAGAGAGAGCGUGUUGAGCGUAACAGGCGCUUGGCAGCUGAGAGACGAGCGGCCAAGCUGAGGCAGCAACAAGAAGAAGAGGAAAGAUUGCGGCAGCAGGAGGAAGAUGCUCAUUCUUCCUUUGAUGAUAUACGGGGUAGUGGAAUAGUAGGUGGUAAUACCAGCACACAGAAUAGCAAAGAAUCUCCCGAGAAGCAGAAUAAAGAAAAGGAAACUCCAAAGGAACAGAGUAAAGGGGAGACAGCAGAUAAUUCAACAGAGGACAUGGAAACAGAAACAGCCACAGAUGCAGAGGGAGACAAGGAAGAUGGGAAAGUAGAUAACACACCCAAAAAUGGAAGUACGCAAAACAUUGAUAAUCAGGAAAAUAAGGAAAAGGAAAGUGAGAGUGGGGAUCCACCUGCGGCAGAGGAAAAGAGUGAGGAGAAAGAAUUGCAUAAUGCAGAUGAUCUUCUUGAUAUGCUCGAUGAUGAAUAAGAAAAAUGGUGUAAUAUAGCAGAGAAAAUUAGUCUUGCUUUUUAUCAUUUUAGAUGGAAUGGAGAAGAUGCUAGCAAUUUUUUAUGUGAAUUUUACACUGGAUUUUUGUAAGCAAAAUAUAAUUUGUUUAACUGCA